AGUGGUGGGCCCUCAUGUGCAUGUAUUGAUACAGUCUUUAUUUUCUGCAAAGUGGAAGUAUCCUUUAAAGUCUACUUAUGUUGGAAUAUUAUAUUUUAAGUUAUGUUAAGUCUUUACAAAUUCUGAAGUCAUGGAUCAGGUAAUGCAAUUUGUGGAACCCAGCCGUCAGUUUGUAAAAGACUCUAUACGACUUGUUAAAAGAUGCACCAAGCCUGACAGGAAAGAGUUCCAGAAGAUUGCCAUGGCAACAGCAAUAGGCUUUGCGAUAAUGGGAUUUAUUGGUUUCUUUGUCAAAUUGAUCCAUAUCCCAAUCAACAAUAUCAUUGUAGGCGGCUGAAUAUUCAUCAUGAAGAACAAGACGUUGUGACACUUACUGCAAAGACUUCACAGCUUUAACUUGUUUGCUAUUAAACAAGCUCAGUUUGGGUUUUCAGACAUUCUUGUAAUCAGAUUCCUUUUUAUUCCUCUGUAUGUGAUCGUACUUGUCUACAUGACAGGCUUUUUUUUUUUUUGGUAGUAGUAGAGUGGGUGUUUUGUUUUGUUUUGUUACUACUUUCAACUGUAAUAGAAUUGGGUAGGACGGAACCUUGGGAGGAGGUCUCUAGUCCAGCCUCCAAGGGUAACAACUGUACAGCCUCUCCAGAAGCUGUUCCAAUGCUUAAUUUACUGCUAGUAAAUUAAUUCACUGCUUAGUAAACAGCAUUGUUCCAGCAAAAGUAGGCAGCAAGAAAACAGCAUUACUGUCUCCUCCACAGUGGUGAUUUAAAAGUCCAUCAACUGUAAUUCUUGUCAUGAAUAUCCAGAAUCACCGUCACUACCCCAAAAUCCUUUCUGCGUUUGGAAGUCCUGUUAGGUUAUUUUAUGUAAAUAACUGGAAAAACAACUCCAUCAAAUGAAGAACUUGCAUUGCCUUGUCCUUAUCCUGAUGGCAUAGUUAAGAAAGCCAAACUUAGUUAGUUAUUAAGAUGUACAGUUUGAGGUUAAUUUAGUUGUCAGAUAGUAAGCAGUCCUUCAGUGAAUCAACAACUUGCUCCCACUGUUGAACAGGGUAUACAACCGGUUUGGAUACUGGUUCUGUAAGACAACUGCAUAUUGAAUUAUGAAGGGCUCUGAAUUUGUUGACCUGGAAGCUUCCAUUAUUAAGUGACUGAAUGUUUUAAUUUU